UCUUUAUUUUUGUGAUUUUAACAACCAGAUCAAUGCACGCUUCCCGAAAGAUUUUAUUAGUUUUAACGAUUUUUUAUAUUGAUAAUUGGAGAGGAAGAGUUCCUCUUAAUCUGCCUGCCCAUACACAGGUCUUGAAGGACAAUAUGUGCAAAUGGGAACUGUUCCCCUCAGUCAGUAUUGAAUAAUAAUUCAAAAGUGAACUCGGAAGAAGACUCAUUCCAUGAACAUUUUUCAAAUUAGAUAAAAAUUAAAAAUUUGAUUGAACAUACGAUGAAUGUGUGGUUUCCUUUGAGUUCACUUUAGAAUCGUCAUUCAAAAACAGGCCAUAAUACAAUUAAAAUAUUCUACAAAAUUGGCGUUACAAAUUGCCGGCUCAAAAUGUUGUUUACCCGACCACAGUAUAUCCAAAAUUUAUGUUAACUCCUUAAUUUGGAAUGCAAAUAUAUUAGAGUUGUAUGAGGAUGUUUUGAAGCGAAAUGUUCCGUCUUUUGUCUACAUGCUUUAGUUCGUUGACUUACUACUCUAGUUAACUAAUUUAAGUUGCUUUCAAAUUCAAGCAUGCUAAAUGCUAAACAAUGCGUUUAAAACAGUCAAUUCAUGCAUAUUAUGACAGUUAUGAAUUUGUUGAUUCUUGAUCACUUUCACUGUAACGUGGCAAGGUAUACUUUAUUAUCUUAAAAACAAAAAAUAACCUGCCAUACAAAACCAGAACGCAAAGAUAACACACAAAAAGAAAAAUAAACAAACAUUCGAUUGUAUUUUAUAACGAAAAAAUAUGUUGAGAUGGAGAAGAGAAAACUCCAAAAGAUGGUCUGCCACGGAAAAUACAUUGAAUAUUAAUAGUAUACAGGAUAAGCAGAGGGAAACAAUGAUCGUGUUUGUCUAUGACACCGAAUGCUUGAAGGAAGAAGCCGAUGAUCCUGUAAAAGCAGUAUUGUACUUUCAUCCCAGUUGGGUUUCUGAUACUCAAAAGGUAGCUUUAUGCGGUCAGCUAAUGGGCUCAUCGUAUUUUCUAAAAGACUGUUUAUUUAAACCACGGAUUAUCGCCUUGCAGAAUGGGAAAUUUGUUUUUAAGGAGUUCGGACGAUUUAUCUUGGCCGUGGGUACCGAUCGAAAUAUUUCAGAUUAUCUUCUACAACAUCGUGCCGAUUUGCUGUCGUCUCUCGUGAAAUUUUAUCACCGCGAUUUGCAGCUCAUUUACGAUCAAUUUGCACUGCAAUCACAAAAUAAGAACUUAUCGGAGAAGUUGUACCACAUAUUCGAAACAUAUCUUCCGAUUCUCCAAUACAGUGGAAACGUCUUCCAAAAUAUACCCAAGCUGCGCAUACCGAAAACAGCCAGUAAUAUAUUCUUGGAAGCAAUACAAACACUACAGUGCUGUCAAGAAACAAAGGGAGUGUUGGGUGGUGCCAUUCUUUACCAUAAUAAGGUUGUAGCAUCUCAACUCAGCGAUUCACUCACCAAAAACAUAAUUCUUACCGAUCCACUGCACAUACGAACAACUGCGGAACAGUUAACAUCUACGGAAUUUCACAUACCUAAUGGAGUCGCAAUGCUAGUAAUUUAUAUAGAAAACCAACAAUAUCGAAAACUGCAGGCAGAGGCUCAACGGGCCCAAAAUUUGCAAACAACCCAACUUGGGCAGGGCGCGUUGCCAUUCCAAUAUAGCAAGCGAAAAAUGAAACGGGAUAAGUCACUUAUUUUUACGCACAUACCUGAGGAAAAUACUACGCUGUCUCUGGCUGAAAAUGUAAACGAGGAAGUGAUCUGUCAACCAACUCCCAGGUCGAAGCCAAUUGUGAACCGACCCACACACCUACCGCUGCGUGUGAAAAAUUAUUCCAACAAAGAAUUACCAGAGUCGGGUAUAUCAUCGAUUAACUUUGACGAAAAUGACUCUUACCCGGAAUACAUUGGUCGAACAAGCGUGUGUUCCACUCCCAUGGCCGAGAACAAGAUAUUGGCUGUGGGCAAUAUAAUGUCAAUUUGUGCGAAUCCCGAAGAUGAGUGCAAUUCCAACGGCAAAACAGAGCACACCAACAGCACGGUACAACAUAUCAAUCAGAGAAACUCGCUCAAGAAGGAUUUUGAAAAGUUUUUCCAUAACUUCAUUUCCAAUCCGAAUAAAAUAGAAAGAAGAAGUUCCCUCACGGAUAUUCACGAUUCGUUGAAAACAUUUUCGAAAAAGAUUUCUCUAAAACAAAUAUCACAAAGUUUCAAGACUGAUGUUAAUCGGAACGGCGGCGACGCCUCUCCAGAUUUCAUCGAGAACGGUGACGAAGAUGACGAUAGUUCCGAAAAUUCCGAUGAUAAUAAGACAUCUAAAACAAUAACAGAUCCAACUAAUCCGGUUUUCAAUGUAAACGGACAACCCAUUUCCCGGAGUUUGUUCCAGGAGUUUUUAGAAAAGUACUACAAGUUAUGGGGCGAGGCCAGCGAGGAUGCUAAACAGGAUGCAGAAAUUGCCCAGUUAAUAGAAGAGUUCAAGGAAUUCGACAAUGAACUAAAAAAACUAGACGAAUCGCUGAAGAAACCGACUCAAAAUAUCAUACCCGAUCGAAAUCUAAAUCUAGAGCGAGAUCCCUCUGUGGAUUGUAGCGUCAAAACGCCACUCGAUAAGAAAGCUUUAAGCCUGCCAUUGAAGUCUUUUUCGGAAAAUACGGCAUCAGUUCCGCCACGCAGGCAAUUGGGUGCCGUACCCUUGACCCCACUAAUGGCCAAACUUUCUGUUUUAGCCUUGAACGAUGAACGUCCAGCAUGGGAUGCUACUCCGGGUGCCAAUAUUGAAAUCCAAACUCCAUUAAACACAUCUAAAUGCAUUGGCCGGCGUAGUUCCUUGAAAUGUGAUGAUGCUGUUGACGCCCUGGAUAGUAUUUCUUCUAACGCCAUCACUCAGGGUGACGGUCUUCAAAAAGCCGAACUAUACAUAUGCGGCCAGCAAAAUAUGACUCUCGUAUUGGUAAUGGAAGAGGGAUGUUCGCAGCAAUCUAAGCUCGUACAUAAAUUGUUUGACAUUUGUGUGUCCAAAUUCCCCCAUAUGGAGUCUCAUCUCAGCCAGACACUGAAUAUAAAUGUUGAAUGCGAAAAACGUGAUGGUAGCUAUAGUUUUAUGUGCAUCGAUUCUAAAUGGGACGCACUGCAGCGUAACGGUCCGUGGAAUCCUGUUGAAAUCAGCACCCUUGAAUCUAUGCACAGUGAUAUGAUAAAUCACGAAGAGAUAACCGAUUUGGUUUUGCGGUCGUACGAUACUGUGUUCUAUGGUUACAAGUCGGGACGAACGGAAAUUUUUUACAAAGAACCAGCUCGUGAAAUAAAUGGAAUUCCUCCGCCCUCCGAUCCGAUGGGAAAUGUGGCAAUGAGAGCCAAAUUACGCCUGGAACGGGAACAUUCAUAUAUACUAUUUUAGACGCGCUAAUAGUACAGCCCCUUCCACGUUCUCUUACGAAAAUUACAUUUCAAGUCGAUUUUAACUAAUAACUCUAAGAUCAGAUUUUAUAAAGAAGAAGAUGAAGACGACGACGGAAUCUAAAGACCAUACCACUAGAAUAUUAUUUGUAGUUAGUGUUUACCAUACAUUCCGUUUUUUGAAAAACUAUAUUUUGUGUUAAAUUGUUUAUUGUUACUGUAUUAUUGUUAUAAUUUCUGCUUAAUAUCCUGCCUUGAAUGGCCCUUAUGUAUUUCGAACCAUAAUGUACUCGACUAAGUGUUGCAAUACAUACGUUAAUAUUUGUCUCCCGGAGAUCUCUAACAUCGGUAACAAAUAUUGGUUUCGGUUAAAAAAAAAACGUCGAAUUUCCUCAUUCUUAACAGUAGAAAAAUUAUUCCCCUUUAAAAUGAUUAGAAAAAUGUACAAUUUAAAACUUAAUUUUACAACUAUGCUCUCAAUGGAUAAGUUGCUACGUAGCUAUUUAUAAUUUAAUAUUAUAUCUCGCUCUACUUGUCACUUUAGUGAGUAAUGGUCGCAACAUUUUUUAUCACACGAUGACAUCUCUCCAUGCAAAACCUGUAAACGGUCUAAUCUAAUUAGUAUUAGCAAGUACACAACAAGAAGCUGCAUGCUAAACAGCCAAGAUAUUUGAUAACCAAGUGUGUGUUUUUGUAGAACAAGCCCAACAAAUAAAAAUAUUAACAAUCGUUUGAAAA